AUGUUUUCUACCAAAACUCCUCCCAAACCAACGUUUAAGUCCUACCUUCCUCCACUUCAGACUGAUUUGAAGAAAACCCCUCAAGUGCCCAUCAAGAAACUUGAGGCCAGACUCCUACCAGGGGAGAUUGUGGUGAAUGAAGCGAACUUUGUGCGGAAGUGCAUCGGGGCGGACAGCAGUCAGGACGACCUGUGGGGGAAGCUCAUCUGCACCAACUUCAAAGUGUCCUUCGUUACCCAUGAUUCCCUGCCACAACAGAGGUUCCAGUGCACCCACCGGCUGCUGGGAGAGCAUGACAUCCCCCUAGCAUGUGUGGAGCAGGUUGUAACUGUGAAUGAUGCUAAGGGUAAGCAGAAGAUCCUGGGCUGCAAUAAGAAGCUGAAGUUCAACCCCACUGAAUUGAUACUGUACUGCAAGGACUUCCGCAUCGUCCGCUUCCGCUUUGAUGAGGCCGGGCCUGAGAGUGCUAAGAAGGUCUGCCUCGCCAUCGCCCAUUACUCCCACCCAGCCGACACCCAACUGCUGUUUGGAUUUGAGUACGUUGGCACUCGCUUCUACAGCUCCUCAGGUGAGAGGGUGAACGGCGUGGACCCGGGUGGGGGGUUGCAGACUCCCCUGUUUGACUGCUCGUCUGACUGGGACAGAGAGAUCAAACGCACUGGAGCCUCAGAGUGGAGGGUGUGCUCCAUCAACGAGGACUAUCUGGUCUCUCCCAGUCUCCCAGAGUUCUUUGUGGUUCCCUCUUCUCUGGCGGAUCAGGACUUGAAGCAGUACGCCUGUUACUUUAACUCUCAGCGCAUCCCAUUGUGGUGCUGGAAUCACUCCAAUGGGAGCGCCCUGGUUCGCAUGUCUAGCAUCACUGAGCCGCAGCAGCAGAGGAAGCUAGAUCAAAGGAUUUGCAGUGCAAUAAUCAAAAGCCACCCGCUGCGCAGCGACGUCCUGAAGACAGACUUGGACAAGAGUCUGCCAAACAUCCAGGAGAUCCAGACUGCGCUGGUGAAGCUGCGGCAGAUCUGUGUGAUUGAUCCCUUUGAGGAGUCGGAGGAGAAGUGGCUGUCGUCCAUGGAAAGUUCGCGAUGGAUGGAGUACGUCAGAGCGUUUUUGAAGCAUGCGGUGGAGGUGGUCUACAUGCUGGAGGGGAAACAAGCCUCUGUCAUUCUUCAAGAAGAAGAGGACAGGGAUCUGAGCUGUGUGAUCUCGUCGCUGGUGCAGGUGAUGUGUGACCCUCACUGCCGGAGUUUGGCAGGGUUUCAGGGUCUGGUGCAGAAGGAGUGGGUGAUGGCUGGCCAUCGCUUCCUCGACCGCUGCAACCACUUGAAGAAGAACGACAAGGAGCAGUCUCCCCUCUUCCUGCUGUUCCUGAACUGCGUCUGGCAGCUGAUGGAGCAGUACCCAGCAGCCUUUGAGUUCACUGAGAUGUACCUGAUCAUGCUAAGUGACAGCAUGUGGGUCCCUGUGUUCAGCACCUUCCUCUUUAACUGUCCCCGGCAGAGGGCAGAACACAGCAGGGAUUUUGCCCUCAGUAAGAGUAUCUCCUUGGGGAAGGACCAGUCUCUGCGUUUCCCUCCUGUCUGGGAUUGGUCUCAGCAGUUCAGCCUGAAAGACCAGACCCUCUUCAACAACCCUCUGUAUGUUGGCAAGAGCGCCCCCUGUGUGCACAAUGGCACAGUGCGGACGUUUGCACAUAGAAGAAGCAAGAGAAACUACAGCUCCACACUGCGAGGUGUUCCUUCAGUUCUGCGGAACGGCGCUCUUGGUGACCACGACACACUGCCACGGCGCAAUUCUCUGAUGCCGCGACUCCGGCCGGACCUAGCUCAGUUACGGGAGCAGCAGGAAAGCCCCGCCGAGCGCUUCCUGCAGGACUGGCUGUCUCGGCCAGCCGACCCACAGGGCCUGCUUCUGCCGCAGCUCCUGCCCUCACACCUGCCCUUCUGGAAGCUGUACUUUCUGCGCUGGGUCCCCGAGGCCCGCAUCCCCCACGGGGGACCUGCGACCGCCUUCCACAAGCUCUCCAUGCUGGCUGAUGAGAUAGAAAUGCUCCAGAACCAGCUGAGGCAAUACAAAGGAGGGGGAACUCCAACCCUCACCCCCAGCAGCCCUCGGACAGAGCCCAGCAGAAUGUACUUUAAGGCGGGCUCGUCUCCCUGUGAGUCGUCCCCUGCUCCUCCAGAGUACCUCAGCUCGUCCUUUCCUUUCUCCCCUGUGGGGAACCUGUGCCGCCGCAGCAUCCUGGGCACCCCCCUCAGCAAGUUCCUCAACGGAGCCAAAAUCUGGCUCUCCACCGAGACACUGGCCAAUGAAAGUCUCUGAGAUCACACAGGAUGACCAGAGGCUACCAUCUGCCCAUAGUACACUGGCCCAAACAGGGAUUUUAAGCUGUGACGGCUGUAGGGAUGGAAAUCUGGGUUAUUGCUGUAGCCAAGGAAACCAAAAUCACUAAACUCUAACAUGACAGCAGAACUAGGGUGUUUUUGACAGGCUUUGCUGAUGACAUAUCUUUAGAAAAAUGGAAAACCCAACUAAAUUAAUCAGUCUUAGUACUGAACUCAUUGUGGGAAUAGAGCUGUUAUAUAGUGUACAUUAAAUUGUAAUUCAACACACAACAAAAACAAGAAGUUAACUCGCUUAAACAGUACAGUUUUCCCAGCCACUGUAGCUAUUCCUGCUGCCGUCAUUGCUUAAAAUACCUACUGUUGGAAUUCUCUAGAAUGUUCGUCCUCAUUCACAUUGUUCUAGAAUGUCUCCUCCCAUUGAUAUUAUCCUGGAACAGGGGUGCUCAGUCCUGGUCCUGGAGAUCUACCAGCAUGGAGACUUUAGACCCAGCACACCUGGCUCUAAUAUUCAGAUGUUGAAGGCCUUCUUUACCUGGAUCAGGUGUGUUCGAGUUGGAGCUGAACUCUGAUCUCCAGGACCAGGAUUGGACACCCCUGUUCUAGAACGUGUACCCCGUUCACCUUGUUCUAGAGAGUUCUAACUCGGUCACACCUCUACAUUUAGUCUAUCAUUUCUUUUUCUGAUCAUCUACAACUGAGGCUGUGACUGAAAUGGAUCCCUACUCCCUCAUAAGUAUUGUGAUGUAUUGGGGUGAUUUAGUUGACCCCUAUAUACUCGCAUGUAGUUUCUUAAUUUUGUUAUUUUAAGUGAAUUUGAAUACUUUAUCAUCAGACUGCAUCACCAUUCACCAGUUGCAUAAACAAAUCGACCUUAGUUGCUUAAGAGGGGCUGAACUUUAAGCUGUAGACGUGAGCCUAACAUUCUGUAAAAGUACAGGGGAGGAUGGAAAAAGUACAAAACUUGAUUAUAGAUGACACCUUGAAUUCUUGGUCUUAGACUGAAGCAGCCUGCAGUUACCAGUCAUCACUUUAUUAAAGGGGUUAAUUCAUUAAUAUGUUUUAUUAAGGGGUUAAAACGUCUUCGUUUUAAACUGUGAAGGCUGCUGUUUUUCGCAGUGUUUCUCUAGAGUUGAGUGAGUCUGAGACGUUUCAUUUUCAGUGGUUCAGCAGCCACUGUUAAUGUUCACUAACGUUCCUCAGAUUGUUGUGUACUUACAAGACAUGCAAUGCACUCUGGUCCACAUUCAGCUGAUGUAGUGAUAUACAGCAAAGAGUAGAUUGUGGGGUUUUUAUAGUGCCUUCAAAAUCACUAUCCUACGAUUAGGACACCACCAGAAAAUGGCCCAUAAUACUCAAUAUUGCCCUAAAAUGCAAAUAGGGAUUCAUUUUAGUGACAGCCUGACAGCCUGGAGAACUUUCCUAGAACAAUGUGAAUGAGGGAAGAGCUUUCUAGAACAGUGCAAAUGAGGGGACAGCUUUCUAGAGCAGUGUGCUUAGAGGAAAAACAUUCUACAAACUCCCAACCACCCUAAAACACCCAACAAACAUCACCAGGUGUGGUGUGCAAACCCACCGUUUGGAUUUUGGUGGUGUUUGUCCGAGAAAUCUGAACUUAGUAAACAUCAACAAACCGAAACACUGGGUUGGUGCACCUCACUUGAAGGCCUUUGUUGAGUUUCAGUGUUUUGGGGUCAGAAAGGGACAGUAAAAUGGUAGCUUGCCUGUGGUUGAGGUUGUGGUGUUGAAUUGUUGUGCGCGUGUGGACACAGCUUGAAUAUCUGGGUCUGACUUGGGCUUCGGCUGUUUUAUUGCUGUGCAGGUUUGAUUUACUGAAGCUCUUGUGAUUGUUCAGUCUGUUGUCCAGGCUUAUACGUCCACCCAUGCACCAUAUUUGUUCGUUUUUUUUUGUUUUGUUUUUUUUGCACAAGAUUAUCUAUAUGGCUCAAUCCGCACAUGUUUUUCAGAGUUUGGAUAUAGUUUCACUCUUUCUAAGCUGCCAAUACAGAUUUUUUUUUUUUCCUUGGAAAAUAUUUCCUGGUUUGUGCAGAGGUGUGUGGCAUUAUGAUGAGGAAGGUAGGACUGUAAAUUAAAUCUGUGGUAGAGAAUCCUUUAACACGUUAAUUUUAGCAUGUAUAGUUAUAUAGUUCUAUAGACUUUUCAAGGGCCUUCUGGUAAGGUCUGACUAGCUUUGUUGUAAAAUGAAUAACCAAAAAUUGUGAAUUAUGUGGGUAAUGUCAGGGAUUCCCCACACUAACCCCAAAACGCAGGUUAUAACUGUGCACUCGCAGUGAUCUCUCACUCAGGCUGAGCCUGUCUGUAAGAUUGCUCUCCAUAGAAGCACAGAAUGGCUGCUCAAGAUGACUGAAUGCUGCUGUCGCCGGUCAGCUGGUUGAUUUGGCUCAGCAGUGGAGUGCACAGUAUCCUGACAGGCACAUAGUGAAUUAGCAUUAAAAUAGUUUAGAAAACAGAGAAUUUUUGAAAAGUAGGUUGAGGGUUCUAUUGUUAAACAGCACUUCUUACCUCUUUUUGUUAUAGUAAAGGGCCCAUUUCAUAGAAUUUUUAUUCUUUCUAAUUUUAGACGAGUUUGACGCUGUACACUGUUAGUUUCAUGUUGUACUGUUCAUUCCCCAGUCCAUACGGUUCAUGUAUGAAAACUAAGCGGCAAAAACAGCCCCUUUGGAAUCCAUUGUUUUUUAUGUAUUCUACUACAGCCAAUCCAGACAGAGGUCAUUAACAUAUAUCAGUCUUAAAGGGGAAUUCCAGUGAUUUUUCAAAAUUUCUGUGUAAUUCAGUGGGUGAAAUAUUAACAAAAGUAUUUCAGAGUGGCUUGAUGUGAAAUAGUUCCUUUUUUCAGAGAAACUUGCAGACUCAGAUUUCUUUACAGUGGUGGUGAUGGGAACCAGGAGUCUUGAUGUCUGCAAUGCAAAUAUAGUCUUUUUAUUUACUAUCCAAAACCACUAGUGAACCUAAAACUUCAAACUAACCUUUUGUAUGUAGUGAUGAUGGUAAAAUCUGAAAAAAUAAGUUUUCCUUGGGGACUAUUUUGCCUCACAACACCCCUUCAUCUUGAAUAGAUUAAAACAGGCAUGUCAAACUGGGGACCUUCCAGGCCAAAGUGCUGCAGAGAUUAACGUUUACCUUGAUCCUAUGCUCUGAAUUUAGUUCACAGAGGUCUAAUUAGCUGAUGAGCUGAAUCAGGUGUGUUUAAUGAGACAGUGUGCUGACAUAUGCAGUGUUUCGGCCCGUCAGGACUGGAGCCUGACAGAUGUGGAUUAAAAUAAAUUGAUUAAAACACGUUUUAGGUCAAAACCUUGUCACAAGACUACUGUGAAAUAUCUCCGGCAUCAGGCUGAGUAUUCAUACUGUAACUCUCUGUGAGGGAGAUUUUAGUGGCGUUAAACUGUUAAGAUGUCUGGUUCCCAUCACCACCACUGUGAACAAUACUGACAAUUUCUCUAGAACAAAGCAUUUCAUACCAAACCACUCUGAAUGAUUUUAUUGACAUAUUAGCCAUUAAAUUCUGCAGAAAUAUUUAAGAAUCAGCAGACUUCCCACUGAAAGGCGCAGUAACUAAAACAGCAGUUUAAUUCUAAGGAAUAAAGAGAGGUUGGAAAAUAGUCAUGCGAAAAUAAAUUCUUACUGUUUUUGGUAUAUGCAACCACGCAAACAUCAUAAGUGGACCUCAGGGGGGGGUAAAAUACAAGGAAAAUGCAGGAUGUGGGCCCUUUUAAAAACCUCUCCUGUUUCUUUUUGAAAGGUGAACAGUUGUCUUUUUCUGAUUUGAUAUGUAGUUUUCCAUAGAGACAUUGAUUAAAGCCCUUAGUAAGAUUUUGAUUUUGGUUUGGGCACAUUUUUGACAGAAUUUUAAUAAUUUCUUUUACUUUUUUAUUUGUCUUAAAUAAGGUACUGUUUUUUGCCCAGGAACUAGUUGAAGUAGUUUGUGUGAUUUAGUGUGAUUACCACUAACGCAGUGCACUCAAUGGUGUUGAGAGUAUGACAGUUGUGCUUGAUUUUCAACAUAUUUUGAGUUUUUUUUUCCUCACAAAACAGCGCUGAUAUUUAUUCAGACAUGCAAAAGAGGCUGAAACAGGGUUAUUGGUUCCAAUCCUCUGUGCCUUGCUUUUCUGAGAUCAUGACUUUGCCAUUCAGUGGACCUGUUUUCAUCUUUCUAGCUGUAAACGAUGCUAAGCAAUGCCUUAAGAGUUUCCCCAUUCGCUCAUCAGAGGGAAAACUCCUAACAUCAUUCCAAAGCUCUGAAUGGAAGCCAUAUGUGCAAGGGCAUUGUGUGCAUUGCAGUUGUUUAGAUGGCAGCAGGCAGCCAGUUAGGCUUCCUAACAGGCUCUUAUAUGGCUGAAGGGCUGUGAUUGGCUCCUUUAGAGCUUUUCCAACUGUACCAGGUCAUGUGGAGCCAGCCUUUGAGCCACUAUGCAAGACGUGACGCUUCUGAUUUACUUUGUUGUGAAUAAAAAGGAAUUUACUUCAAA